UGAUGAAAUAAAAUAUUAAAAUUUUUUUAAUGGGUGGUGCCGGCGCAACGUACGUAUAAUAUUAUCUAAGAGUGAUAACCCCGGCCUAUAUAGUACUAUACAGUCUACAAUUUAACGAGUCGGCCCGUUUGCCGAUAGGCGUGUGGAAAUCGUUGUAGUAGUGUGUGCAAUGGUGGAAUUUGUCCAAGGUUUAUAGGUUGUACUAUUAUCAAGAAUUAAGAUAUUAAGUUUUAUUAUUCGUGACUUUUAUCUAUAAACCUUUGUAUUUGACAGAAAAUGUAACGAUGUGAAAACUAUAAAUUGUGUAUUUUUGUCCACUAUAGAGCAGUAUUAUUUUGUGGUGGACUUUAUCUAUUGCUACUGCCAGUGUGGUGUUGGUCGCCGAUUUAUUUUCCAUUCAGUAUAAUUCGAUUUAGUUAUUAAUAAUAAUUCGUGGUUGUCACUCGCCAGCUUUUGAAUCUCUUUUGUAACAGUAUUAACCUGAUACCCAUGUUUUUUUUCGUUUCAUACAAGUAUUAUACAACUCCUAUUUUCACUUGAUGACAUCGCUUAUAAGUCACACUGCCGCAUAUCAUCAUCCAUAAUCUCUUAUUAGGUGUUUUUUUUAUAGCUUAGAAGCCACGCAUCAAUUUAUUCGUCUUCAAUAGUGGUGUGUAGUCUUGAACGAUCCACGAGAUGGUCAACUGUAAUUAUCGUCUGAUAUUCGCCAAUCCAGAUCCGAUGCGACAGAACUCAAACUCGUUUGAAGCAGAAAACGCCCAACACAAUUUAUUUCUUCUGGUAAAACUGGUAAUCAAAGUAAACGAAUUAAUAAGUAGACAACAUGCAGACAAAACCUCUUCAAUGGUACUUCAAAAACUAUUUGAAAUCAUUUUCUAUGCAUGGGAAGAGCAGACCUACAAACUCAACAAUGCCUUGUGGAACACUUUCAGACAUUGUGGUGGAAUGGAUUCAUUAAUUAAUAAUUGUGCGUCCGAAUAUGAAAUUGAACCGUUUUCGAAUGCUAGAUUUCUGGGAAAAUGCUUAACAGACACUAGCGACUACGUAUUGAAAAAUGUAGUAGAAAAAGUGUUGUACACAGUAUGUAAAUACAAAACCCAAGUUAGCUCGGUCAAUGGAUUCAAGUUUAAUUUCAGAAUCUUUGAAAAUAUAUUCAAACACUGCGAAAUCACUUUCAUUGAUCUAAACAAAAUCUAUGGUGUGGGCGUACUUCUCGACGAGUGGCGACGACAAAAUGUCGUGACUCUUAAACAAUACCUGAAUAUACUUUUCAACUUAUGGAGGCCAUAUGAAUGUCCAAAAAACCAAAAUAUUAUGAAAAAGCAUAACGUACACACACGGUUUUUCACGUUGAUGUUUAAGACUAAAGACAAUGUCAAGUAUUACAUUGCGAUUUUGGUCACCGAUAAUGAAGUCAGGACAGCAAUAAUUAAAUAUAAAAUACCGAUGGUGAUACCUAAGUCUAAUUUAGUUAAUGCCUGUGGCAAAAUCCAAAUGUGCUUAGAAAAACGCGCUCCUAUUUUGAAUUUUGAUAGCGAGGAAGCGUCAAAUGCAUCCAAAGUCAGAAUCAAAAAACAGCUUAGUAAGAAAAGUAUGUUCAGAGCGAUAAACGUUAUUAAACCACUGAAGAAGGUGGCCAUUUGCUCUAAUGACACAGCAUCCAGGUUAGCGGAUCAAUCGUGUCAGUUGAUCGCUGUAGAAGUUCCGUACAGGCUCAACAUAAGUGUUCACCAGUGGUCGGCGGAGGACGUCCGUAAAUGGUUCAAGAAGAAUGGGUUUAGCGAUAUUGCCAACAAUUUAUUGGAAAAUCGAGUUGAUGGUGAUCUAUUAUUGCGAUUGACCGAAGAUGAAUUGAAAAACGAAAUCGGAAUACACAAUGGAAUAAUGAAAAAUAGAUUUAUAAGAGAACUAAAUAAUUUAAAACAAUCAGCCGAUUACAGUAGUAUCGACACAACCGAUUUAAACUCGUUUCUAAAAUCAAUCCGUUCGGAGUAUUCUGUGUACACGUAUCCCAUGUUGAACGCUGGGGUCAAACGGGAUUCAAUGAGGCUUUUAACUGAUGACCAACUCAAAAAUGAUUGUGGAAUUUCAAACGGAGUUCACCGAAAUUGUAUAUUAGCCUCCAUCAAAGAAAUGCCGGUGUACGUAGAAAACACGGACAAACCUUACGACGUGUUUAUCAGUUACAAAAGAUCUACUGAUUCUCUGCUGGCUAGUUUGCUUAAAGUAUAUUUGAAAAUUCGAGGUUACAAUGUGUUCCUCGACGUGAAACGAUCGGAUGAUGCCAAAUCUCGACAUCAUGUAUUACAGACCGUAAGGCAGACGAAGAAUUUUAUUAUUGUGUUGACGCCUGGUUCAUUAGACAAGAAUUUUAUGGAUUCGUCAGCCGGUGAUAUCGAAACUUUAGAUUUUAUUUGUGAGGAAGUCACGACCGCGGAACAAGCCCAGUGCAAUAUAAUACCAGUGUUGGACAACAGUUUCACUUGGCCUCCACCUGCACUGCUACCAGACGAUUUGAAAAACUUGUGCAAUUACAACUCAAUAAAUUGGGUGCACGAAUAUCAGGAAGCGUGCGUGAAGAAGUUGGUGACGUUUGUGAACCAAUUUUAGCGCAAUCUAUAUGUACUAUAAAUUAUAAUGUAUAUAAUAUUGUUAUGGUAAUCUACUAGUACCUAUACAUAUACUUAUGAGUUAUUAAUACCAUUUUUUUUAUUGCAAUAAUUUAAUAUUAGUACAUGUUUAACGAUAACAUUAGUUAGAAUUAAAUGUAUUGUUAUAUUAUUAUGCAUUUACCUAUAUUUACCUAUAUUAUUUUAUACUAAAUAAAUUGUUUGUAUAAUGUUGUUACAA